AUGCAUCAACGGUCGCUCCUUAUCACCGCUCUCCUCUCUGCCGUUCGCGCCCAACAGGUGGGAACGAUGCAGGAGGAAACUCACCCUCCCAUGACUUGGCAGGAGUGUGCUAAAGGCGGCGAGUGCACUGAAAAGAGCGCUUCCGUGGUCAUCGAUUCCAACUGGCGCUGGCUGCACUCCCUCGAAGGCUCUGACAACUGCUACACGGGAAAUACUUGGGACGAGGAGCUCUGCCCGGAUAACAAGGCCUGCGCCGAGGGCUGUGCCUUGGAGGGAGCGGACUACGCCGAGACCUAUGGCAUCACUGCCGAAGGGGACUCCCUGAAGCUCCAGUUCGUCAAGGGUGAAAACGUUGGCUCGCGUACCUAUUUGAUGUCGGAAGACGACGAGACGUACCAGAUUUUCAACCUCAAGAACAAGGAGUUCACUUUCGACGUCGACGUCUCGGAACUCCCCUGCGGCCUGAACGGAGCCCUGUACUUCGUUUCGAUGGACGCCGAUGGUGGACUGGAAAAGUACGAGGGCAACAAGGCCGGUGCCAAGUACGGAACCGGCUACUGUGACUCCCAGUGCCCGCGUGAUCUGAAGUUCAUCAACGGCGAGGCCAACGUGGAAGGCUGGGAGCCCUCCGAGGGUGACAAGAAUGCCGGUGUCGGUGGCCACGGCUCCUGCUGCCCCGAGAUGGACAUCUGGGAGGCCAACAGCAUCUCCACGGCCUAUACCCCCCACCCUUGCGACUCUGUGGAGCAGACUAUGUGCGAGGCCGAUAAGUGCGGCGGCACCUACUCCGAGACCCGCUACGCCGGUACCUGCGACCCCGAUGGAUGCGACUUCAACGCCUUCCGCAUGGGCAACGAAUCCUUCUACGGCCCCGGCAUGACCCUUGACACCAAGUCCCCGAUGACUGUCGUGACCCAGUUCAUCACCGCCGACGGCACCGACACGGGAAAGCUCUCCGAGAUCAAGCGCUUCUGGGUCCAGAACGACAAGGUUGUCGCCAACGCUGAGUCCAACAUUGAGGGCGUCAAGGGUAACUCUAUCACCUCCGAAUUCUGCUCCGCCCAGAAGACCGCCUUCGGCGACGAUGACCACUUCACCGAGCACGGUGGCCUCGAGGGCAUGGGCGACGGUCUGGAGUCCAUGGUCCUGAUCAUGAGCAUCUGGGAUGACCACUACGCCAGCAUGAUGUGGCUUGACAGCACCUACCCCGAGGAUGCCGAGGCCGGCAGGCUCGGUGUCGGCCGUGGUACCUGCGAGCCCCACGCUGGUGACCCCGAGAAGGUUGAGAGCGCCUCCGGCGACGCCUCGGUGACUUUCUCCAACAUCAAGUUCGGCCCCAUCGGCUCGACCUUCAAGGCUCCCGCCUAA